GGGCAUGCGCAGUGCGUCCGCGGGGCGCGAGCGGGGUCUUCAGCUCUCCGUGUUCCCCGCCCCCAGCCCCCCCGCAGCCCCAACCCCCCCGCCUCAGCCUCCCACCCGUGUGCCUGCGCUUCCCGAACUCCGUGCUCCGGGAGCGCGGGCGCCUCUGAUAAGGUGGAACCGGGACGGGAAGCCUUAGUGCUACGGGGAUGAGCGACGGUAGCCGGCCGGGCCUGCGGCGUCCAUGACAGCUCACCUCCGCAGCCGCCGCCAUUAGCUGCUCCCCCGGUUCUGCAGCAGAGAGGGGGCUAGAGCCCGUGGCAGCACCAUGAACGAAGUGUCGGUCGUGAAGGAGGGAUGGCUGCACAAGAGAGGGGAAUACAUCAAAACGUGGCGUCCCCGCUACUUCCUGCUGAAGAGCGAUGGCUCCUUCAUCGGCUACAAGGAGCGGCCAGAGACAUCGGACCACAGCUUGCCACCUCUGAACAACUUCUCGGUGGCAGUUUUAAACCUGCCCCAGAGUGCCAGCUGAUGAAGACGGAACGGCCUCGGCCCAACACCUUCGUCAUCCGAUGCUUGCAGUGGACGACGGUCAUUGAGAGGACGUUCCACGUGGACUCUGCUGAAGAGCGCGAGGAGUGGAUGCGAGCCAUCCAAACGGUAGCGAACAGCCUGAAGAACCAGGAACCAGAGACGGAUGCGAUGGAUUACAAGUGUGGGUCUCCUAAUGAUGGCACCAGCGCCGAGGAGAUGGAGGUGGCCGUCAGCAAGACCCGCACCAAGGCCACCAUGAAUGACUUUGAUUACCUGAAGCUCCUGGGAAAGGGCACUUUUGGCAAAGUCAUCUUGGUGCGGGAAAAGGUCACCGGCCGCUAUUACGCCAUGAAGAUCCUACGGAAAGAGGUCAUCAUCGCCAAAGAUGAGGUGGCACACACUGUCACGGAGAGCCGGGUGCUGCAGAACACCAGGCACCCCUUCCUCACCGCGCUGAAAUACGCCUUUCAGACAAACGACCGGCUGUGCUUCGUCAUGGAGUACGCCAACGGUGGAGAGCUGUUCUUCCACCUCUCAAGAGAACGAGUCUUCACGGAGGACCGAGCCCGUUUUUACGGCGCGGAAAUAGUGUCUGCGCUGGAGUACCUGCACUCCCGGGAUGUGGUGUACAGGGACAUCAAGCUGGAAAACCUCAUGCUGGAUAAAGAUGGACACAUCAAAAUCACCGACUUCGGGCUCUGCAAGGAGGGCAUCUCGGAUGGAGCCACCAUGAAGACCUUCUGCGGGACGCCCGAGUACCUGGCUCCGGAGGUCCUGGAGGACAAUGACUACGGCCGCGCCGUGGACUGGUGGGGUCUGGGAGUCGUCAUGUACGAGAUGAUGUGUGGUCGCCUCCCCUUCUACAACCAGGACCACGAGCGCCUCUUUGAACUGAUCCUCAUGGAGGAGAUCCGCUUUCCUCGUACCCUCAGCCCCGAGGCCAAAUCCUUACUGGCUGGGCUGCUCAAGAAGGAUCCCAAACAGAGGCUUGGCGGAGGUCCCAGCGAUGCCAAGGAGGUGAUGGAGCAUCGCUUCUUUGCCCCCAUCAACUGGCAGGACGUGGUUCAGAAGAAGCUGGUGCCACCGUUCAAGCCCCAGGUGACAUCUGAGAUUGACACGCGGUAUUUCGAUGACGAGUUCACUGCCCAGUCCAUCACCAUCACCCCACCAGAUCGCUAUGACAACAUGGGCUCCCUGGAGAACGACCAGCGGACGCACUUCCCCCAGUUCUCCUACUCUGCCAGCAUACGGGAGUAACCAGCAGCAGUGGGACUCGGCCUCUGAGGAGGAGGAGGAGGGUUUGGGGGUUUUCUCGUGGCAGGAGAGUUUCUCUCCCGUGGGGAGAAUUAUUCUUCCACGCCAGGCAGAAGGGGCUGGGACACUGCGGCACCUUUGGGACGCCGAAGCCCUACCGAGUGCUCACCGAGCUGUGCCUCCAGCCCCUGGGACUGCUUCCAUUUUAAUUAUUGUUAUUAUUAUUAUUUUUUUUAAAUACUAGAAGUGCUUGCAGCUUUUUAAAACCAACCCCCACCUCCCCACAACCGUGGCCUUGCCUGCCCGAGCCCCCAGCAGCUCAGCCAGCCCUCCGCUCGGUAAAACCCACUGCUCCUAGUUGAAGUGAAGCUGUUUUGACAGCAGCAGGGAGGGAAACCCCCACCCCAGGCUGCCCUGAGGAGCCGUUCAGGACACACCGUGGAGCAUGGGGGACACGUCUCAGCCCCUCCCAUCCCACAACUGAACCAGCAGUGACUGAAAAGCAGCCAUACCUUGGAUGGGUGCCUCAGCCCCACAGCCGCCUCGGCCCUGAGGAAAACGCCAUCCCAAGAGCAAUACUUUGGCUUCUCCAGUGCCUUAAAGCCAGGAACCGUGGUGAGUCCGGGCUCGGUGCCUCCAGCCCCAUCUGGCAUCCUCGGCAGAACCGAUGCCCUGCGGUCGCGGUGCAGCGGAACGACGGGGUCUCUGCCAGCGCCCGCUGCACCGGCUCCACACCAGGAGUCGCAUCCCUGGCGCCUUUUGGUAGAGGCCACUGGCCCCAGGGCUGCCCAGCUGGGCCAGGGCCAAGCUUGGACUCCAGUGCAGCCAACACGGAACUGCAACUGGGAGGCAUCUGCUGCUGCUUCCCCCAGCGAGCAACGCAGAGAAGUCACUUUGGUUGUUUCUUAGUUCCCUGUUGCCCAAAUUCAGUUGGAUUACCUUCAGAAUAGCAGGGUGGGAGGAUGAUCUGCUCAACAAGGGCGCAGUGGGGCAGCGUCCCCAGCGUGGCAGCAGCCACGGGCCGGCAGCUUUCGCCCUCAUCUUUGUACGGUACAAGCAAUAAAAGGGGGAUUCUUUUUGU